AUGGAUAGCGAUAAGAAAGAUGACCCUUUAAAAGUUGGUCGAUUUGGAAUUGGCUUCAAUUCUGUUUAUCAUUUGACUGGUAAGUUUCUUUAAGGGUGAUAAAAAAUCAUUACCAUAUGACAUCGUGGCAGAUCAUUGAAAUUCUCGGAUUGCAAUGCAAAAAGAAACUUCCUGGAAACAGAAGAGCGGAAAUCCUUGCCGAGAAAUUUUCCCUUGCGUCUAGAAAAAAAAACCAUAACAAGUUUCGUUCUAAAAUCAUCUGUUCAACCUAGCAACUGCACAUCCUUUUAAGGUGCGAGUUGAAACAGAUUGAGUAUCUGCACUUAAUAAUGAGACAAUUAUAUUUACUAAACUGGUUACUUCUUAACACAUGAUUUAGAUCUGCCCAGCAUCGUGAGUGGAGAUUCUAUUGUAUUUCUUGAUCCUCAAGAAAUACACUUUGGUAGAGGGGAAACGGGACAAGAAUUUUCCCUUGAGGAUGAACUCCUUGAAAAUCACGAAGACCAGUUCAAGCCGUACGAGAAUGUCUUAGACUGCAAAAUUUCGACUCGAUUUUACAAUGGAACUUUGUUUCGUUUUCCGUUACGAAGUGCACCAUCAGACUUAUCCGAAAAGGUUUACAGUAAGGAAAAAGUUCGCAAAUUAUUUCAAGCCCUCGAAAAGGAAGCACCUGUUAUUCUGCUCUUCCUGAAAAACAUUGAAGAAAUCGCUCUGUUUGAAACUGAUGAAAGAGGCGUUGAGAGACAUGUCUUUACAGUUCGACUGAGUGACAGCUGCCGACAAGAAGUUAGAGAAAAGAAGAGAAAUUUUUUGAAUGAUUUGAGAAGGCUGAGCGACGGGGAAAUUGAAAACAUCAAUCUUUCUCUAGAUUUGCAUGUCCUUGAAAAGACUGAAGGAGGAAGGGAGGUGGAAAAUAAAUGGCUUGUGUACCACCAGGUUGAUGCUCGAAAUUCAACUCUCAAAAAAUUGUCCCUAGAGUUAGGUCUCCUACCUUGGGUGGCCUGUGCCACACCAGUGAAUGCAGUCACACUUCAAGCGCUCUCAUCAAGAACUGGAAGAAUCUUCUGCUUCUUACCACUUCCACCAGACGCUGACUCCAAGACCGGUUUGCCAGUUCACGUGCAUGGCUACUUUGGCCUCACAGAUAAUCGGCGUGGUCUUAAAUGGCCAGGCCUUGACUGUCAGGACGACUCAACCGCAGAAUGGAAUGUGUCGCUGGUGCAGCAUGUUGCGAGUGAGGCCUACGCCAACGUGUUGCUCCUUCUUAGAGAUUCAUGUGAUUCUUCAGAUGGAACAGAUUUGAUGUACAAGUCAUGGCCAAACAUUCGGGAAGUUGAAAACCACUGGCAGUGUAUGAUAGAGCACAUGUUUUCGAUUUUAUUAAAAGAAAACAUCCUCUGGACCCCUGCAAAUCAUGGUCAGUGGAGAAACCUUAGUGACGCCUACCUUGACAGAAUGACAACCCAAUUUCAGAGUACAUCUGAUGAAACAAGACGCGUAGUUCUAGACACAUUGACGCAAGCAAAUGAGGCCGUUGUAAUCGUCCCGAGCCACGUCAUGACUGCGAUUGAUAAAUACAGGUCAGUACCUACGAAGAGCAUCACUCCCGCAUUCUUGAGAGCUCUGCUGAAAAAGAAGGAAAAGGGAGUUUGGAAGAUAAGCAAUGUACUGAAGGAGAAGAAGCUUUUACUACUCGAAUUUGCUCUCGCGGACAAGAACCUGGACGACAUGCGAGGAGUUCCCCUUUUGCCCCUCGCAGAUGGAAGUUUUGUUGAUUUCCGCUCAAUCCAGUACAACCGAGAACCAGCCGCUGCUGUGUACGUUUCAUCAACGAGCAAUCCCCGUUCCAUUUUCCACAACAUGGACAAUAAGUUCCUCGACGACAGCGUUCAAACAUCUGCCGUUACAUAUUUGUCGAAGGUUGCCACUGAUGCUAAUAAUUCACAUACAAUCGAACCGGUGCAACUCGUUAAGUUAAACCAAACCAUUGCUGUCAAGGUUCUGCGAGAGAUGCUUCCAUCAGAUUGGUGUGGAGGAAAUCAUUCAGUACCUUGGUAUCCAGGAAAAAAUGGGCAUCCACCAGAGCGCUGGUUGGAGUCAGUAUGGAUGUGGAUUCAGAGAAUGUUCCCCGCUGAUCUCUCAUUGCUCGAAAACUUCCCGCUCAUUCCGCACACAUGUUCUGGAAACCGAAGCAUUGUGAAGUUGAGUUCAUCAAGCGUGGUUAUCAGAAGACAUUACCAGGGUAUCUCUUUACCGCCACUUAUUGUGUCUUUGCUUGGAAAAGUUGGCUGCAUUGUUCUAGAAACUCUUCCAUUGUACAUUCAUCACAACACCCUAAAUAGAUAUGUUGUCACACCUGAUCCCCAUGGCGUCCUAAAGAUCUUUUGCACGUUGGGUCAAAGCAGGUGCAUACCAGCGAUUACACAUUGUUCCCCAGAUGAGAAGCGAGCGCUACGAAGUUUCCUCUCUUCUACGUACUUCAAUGAUGCUGAAAGAAGCCUCCUAUGUAACCUUCCUAUUUUUGAUGCAGCUAAUGGAAGCUCCUUCAUUGCUCUCAGAAAUGGAUUUCAAGUUCAUGAAGUGUCACCAUAUGGCUUCGAAGUUCCUCGACCCUUGCCAAUACCAAGAGCGUCCUCAAUCAUUGCCUUGAGAGAUAGCGAAUCUCAUACCCUAAUUCAAAGACUUGGAAUCUCACCGAUGACAAAAACAGCCUUUCUAAGGGACAUUGUAUUCAGUGGCAUACAGAGCAAUUUCUAUAAUCACCAACAGAUCUCUACGCUGAUGUGCUGGGUACUUAGCCAGUAUUCCCUUUUUUGCGGGGAAGACAGCUCAUUUCAUUCAUCUCUUCAACAACUGCCCUUUGUACUCACCAGGAGUAAUAAGUUAGUUACUCCAUGUUGCGUUCUAGAUCCACAACAACCCAUUUUGAAGCAACUGUUUGAGAGCGAAUACGACAAAUUUCCAAAUGAAAGUUUCGUCAAAGAAGAAACCCUUCUACGUCUUCGACAACUUGGAAUGAGGAGUAUUCCAAAUAAAGAGGACAUUCUACAUGUUGCUAAAACUGUUGAUAAGAUUCACAGCGAUGUGGGAUCCCGUAAAGCAUCAGCCUUAUUAGAGUUCCUUGACAGAAACCCACCUGACAAGUCCUUGGGCCAAACUCUGAUGAACGAGAGAUGGGUCCCAAGAAAACAGAGUCGUCCCUCCUCUUAUCCUGGUGCGAUGCCUUGGUUUUCAGGAACAACGCAUUUAUACAAACCAUCUGAAACGUUCAGCCAAUCGAAAGCUACUCUUGUAGGAGCUUCAGCACCAAUAGUAUCCAAACCUUGUUCCAAAGCAUUAGAGGCUGUUUUUGGUUGGGACAAAUCGCCACCUGUGCACCACCUUUUAAACCAGUUGCGUUCUGCUUGUUUGGUACGAUUGAAUGACAUGAACAGGAGUGCUCUGUAUCAUUUCCAAGUGAUGUUAAGGCAGAUCUACGAAGAAGGAUCCAGCAAUGCUAGCCUCAUCGAAGCUGUAAACCAGGAUAACAGUUUUCCUGAGUGGAUUUGGCAUGGGAAUGGAUUUUCAUCACCAUCAAAGACAGCAUUUACAUCUUGCUGCAGAAUCGACUUGAGGCCUUACCUUUACAUAGUGCCAAACGAAUUUAAAAUCCUUUACCCUUUCUUCCAGCGAUGCGGUGUUCGUGAAAAAUUUCAAGAUUCCGACUUGUUGCGUAUCCUGACAAUGAUAAAAGACAAACAUAACACCAGCAGUGACUAUCUAAAAGAUGUGGCAGAUGAUCGAAAGCUGUCACAUGAGAUUAUCCACUGGAUAGUUAGAGAUAGAAAGAAACUCAAUCCAGACCUUCGAGAAAGUCUUCUGGUGCCCAUUCACACCUGGGAUAAUACCUUGAAGUUGGUUCCAUGUUCGGAGUGCACUUUUUGUGAUGCGAAGUGGCUUAGAAAAGGAGGAACAGAACUUCUCAUCACAAGCGAAUUUCCGAUGAUCCACAAGGCCAUAUCUCCCGAAACCGCUGCUCUGCUUGGUGUUCCACCAAUCAGCACCCGUGUCACUUGUGCAGAGGCUUUAGGUAUCGAGCAAACAGGUCCCCACGAGCCAAUUACCACGAGGCUAAAGAAUAUUCUGAACGAGUACAAAGAAGGGGUUGGUGUUUUCAAGGAAUUAGUGCAGAAUGCAGAUGAUGCUGGUGCAACAGAAGUUCAGUUCGUUCUUGACUGGCGCAAUCAUCCAAACCAGAGGCUUUUGUCACCGGGAAUGGUAGAAUGCCAAGGUCCCGCCCUGUUGGCAUACAACAAUGCAACCUUUACAAAUGAUGAUCUGAAGAAUAUAUCGAGACUGGCAGGUGCCACGAAAAAGGAAGAUCUUGAGAAGAUUGGUCGCUUUGGUCUUGGUUUCAGUUCCGUUUACCACUUUACUGAUGUUCCAAGUUUCAUUACCGGAAAUUAUGCUGUCUUUUUUGAUCCAGAAACAACACAUCUUGGCUCCCACAUAAGCCAUGCUUCGAAGCCUGGAAUAAAGAUAGAUCUGGCGGUAAAUGAGAACAGUUUAACCUGUUUUCCGGACCAGUUUGCACCCUUCAAUGGGCUUUUUGGCUGUGACACUACUCCACCCAGCGAUGAUGACAAGUUCUACUUUCAAGGGACUCUCUUCAGAUUUGCAUUCCGAACUAAGCGAGGCGAAAUCAGUGAUAAGAUCUACAAUAAGAAGGAAAUACGGUCGCUUAUGUUUUCUUUCCGAGAAUCAUCACCGACCCUUCUUUUGUUUUCACAGAAUGUUAAAAAGGUGUCCUUCCUUGAAGUGGAUGAAAAUACGAUUGAUACUAAAGACUCACGACUCCUGUUUGAAAUCUGCAGAAAAAGUCGGACAGAAUGUACACCAGCUAAGAAUUCUGUAACGGAAAGUACCUUUCUGAAGUCGUGCGCAGCAUGGACAAGACAGUCCACAAGUCAGUCCGAGCUUUUUGCCAGGUAUCCAUCUCCUAAACUAACGGAGUUCAUAUCUGUGUGUUUCACCAUCUGUCGUAAGAAUGAAGAGAGGUGUCAAGAAACCCAGUCUUGGCUUGUGACCUCUUGUCUUGGUACUGAAAAUUCCUUUAAGCUUGCAACAAGUGAGGAGGGCAAGAAGGAGGGACUCUUAUCUGCCUCAGGGGUGGCAGCAAAGAUUUGCACCCAAGGUGAUGGCUCUGAAAAAGUAGAGGCAGUACCUGGAGAAAUAUUUUGUUUCCUUCCCCUUAGUAUUCCAACAGGUCUUCCAGUACAUGCCAAUGGCUACUUUGCAGUCACAUCAAACCGCCGAGGAAUCUGGGAAGGUACUACAGCCGAUGUCGGCCGUCAACCUUUAGAAGUGCGGUGGAACCAAGACCUCAUGGAGGAUGCGUUGACUCAGGCCUAUGUUCAGCUCUUGGAAAAUAUGAUCGUCAUGCAAACACAAGGAAAAAUCCCGUCGUAUGAUGUUUUCACACUCUGGCCAAAUCCAGACAAACUUCAAUCAUCCGCAUGGGAACCACUCAUCAAGAGCUUUUAUCGAAGAAUCGCAAAUUAUGACUUACCCUUAGUGCGCACAGGAGGGAAAUGGCUCCCAGUAACUCAAUGCAUUUACCAAGACCUCAAGUUACGGGAGCUUCCAAAUAGUAAGAUCGUCCUUGAAAAGUUUGAUUACAAAAUAGCACAACUUCCAGACUUUGUCAAGAGAGGAUUUCAACAAGCUGGAUGUAUGGAAGUUAUCGAAAAACGUACAAUGACACAAGAAAAGUUUCUCCGAGACGUCUUUUUCCCGAAUAUCACGGCAAUACCCGAAGAGCUUCGGAAUCCCAUUGUGUGCUACCUCAUAGAUGAAUGCCUUCAACGACAUGCUAGCAAUCGGUCCAAGCAGCUACUCGAUCUAUACGAAUUUUUGCUUUCAACUAAUCGCUGUAUUCCUUGUGGGCCAGAUACGGGGCAUUUGGCUUUUCCCAAGGAGCUGAUAUCCCCGAAAAGUGCUGCUGCGACUCUGUUCUCAGCAGACGAUAGGAGAUUUCCAUUUCGUUCAUGUUAUCAAACUGAAGAACGUCUUCUCGUGCUUCAAAACCUGGGAAUGUUAUCAGAUAUUCUUGACUGGGAAACCCUGAUUGAGCGAGCAAACUCUGUGUCGGUGCUCUGUAGAAGAGCCAAAUAA